UAAUUUAGAAAGCACUUCUUAAGUACUUGUUAAAGGCAUAUUUCUUUACAGAUAAAGGAAAAUAAGCAUAAUGGACAUGAGCAUAAGUCAAAAUUUGAGCAUAAGAAACAUUUCUUUUUGUUAUGAACAUCAUCCUAACUCCUGUCAGAAGUUCAUCUAUCCACAGGCCAUGCGUGUUAUUAUAUAUUUUGUCCUUAGUGUCAUGGUACUUCUCACAUUAUUUGGAAAUCUUCUGGUGAUCAUAUCCAUAACUCAUUUCAAGCAGCUACACACCCCAACUAACUACCUCACUCUCUCUCUGGCUGUACUUGACCUGCUUGUAGGAUUGGUUGUAAUGCCUGCCAGCAUGAUACGCUCUGUGGAGACUUGCUGGUAUUUGGGGAGUAUAUUCUGCAAAAUACACAGCAGCUUUGCCAUUAUACUGUGCACUGCAUCUUUGUUAAAUCUUGUAUUCAUCUCUGUUGAGCGAUAUUAUGCAGUCUGCCACCCCCUGCAGUACCACAGUAAAAUGACUCCUCUUACUACUUUAUGUAUGAUUGCCGUCUGUUGGGGUCUUGCUAUUGUUGAUGGAAUUAUAUAUCCAGAGUUAAAUGACACAGGUGCAGAAGCUUACAGUGAUGUUUUAUGUGAGGGAGCCUGUGUGGUGGUUAUAGGAUUCAUGACAAGUUUAAUAAUUACUGUGACCUUGUUGUACAUACCUACCAUUAUCAUGCUCAGCAUAUAUGUGAAAAUAUAUCUUGUUGCACGGAGGCAAUCACGAUUAGUCCGCAAUGCUCUCUCUCAUGUAAAUAAAUCCAGAGGGCAGCCCUCUGUUAAUAAGACAGAUAGUAAAGCAACUAAAACAUUAGCCAUUGUCACAGGAGGUUUUCUGUCAUUUUGGGCACCAUUUUCUAUCUAUAAUCUCAUUGUGACAUUUUUUGGUUUAAGUGGUUCACCACAACUGUUUGAUUUGCUUUGUUGGGUUGCUUUGUCAAAUUCAGCUUGUAAUCCUAUUAUAUAUGCAUUGGUCUACAAGUGGUUUAGAAAGGCACUCAAAGUUAUUUUAUUAGGUGAAAUAUUUAGGAAAAACUCUUCCAGAAUACAGCUGUGUUCAGAGUAG